ACUAGUGCAGACAGGUGUGCUUUUUGUGUUAGUUGGCCGCAGCCUUCUUUAGAGUUUGAUCAUACUGUGGUUGCUGCUCCAGGAUCACAUGAUCCUAACAAAUUAGUGUGUUAACGUCAAGUGAAUCUGCACCUUUCCUUCCCACUCGUUUUAUCUUGUUUGAUCUAUGUGGUCUGGUAAUCUUUCAGGUGACCCAUAUAAAUUCAACCAACAACGACGAAAUGGAAAUCCCGGUAGAAAAUUACAGCAAUGCUUGCUCGCAUGGACAAAGAAUAAUUUUCUCACUUAUAAGAUGGUAGCUCAUGUCUGCAGGUGAACCCCUUGGAGCUUUGCUUUCCGAGAAUCUUGUUGCUAUAUAAAGCUUUUCGUGGGUUUCAUUUACACGCAGAUUCUCUUGGUCUGGGAGAAAAUAAAAUUACAUGUCGUUUGUCUGUUCGCGGUGACUUAAAAGUGACAAGAAAAGGACUCCUAAUCUGAAAACGGCGGAAGAACUUCGUUGUCGUAUGAACAUAUGGGAAAAUUAACAUGUCGUUUAGCCUAGCAGUCGCUCAAAACUCCAGUAUUCUAAAAGCCAGAAGACAAGAGAAUCCUUUUGAGGAUUUCAGUCAUCCUCGUCCUUAGAAAUGGAUAGUGGAAAUUGUCCAACAUCUCCGUAGAUUUACACUGGACGGUGUUGCUAUCUCCUUCACUUUGAUUUCCAGCAAAAUGCCCUUUUCAAUAAGAUCCUUACGGCGGCUACCAACACCAGCUGUCUCUCUACAAAGCGAGCCACUCCUGAAGGUACUCACUUCCAAAAUCUCAACUAAUCGAGACUCAUUCACAGUAGACUAUCUUGUGCACUCAUGUGGAUUAUCCUUCGAAGCCGCCAUCUCAUCUUCUCAAAAAGUACACUUAGAAUCACCGAAAAGAGCAGACACAGUUCUUGCCCUUUUGAAAGACCGAGGAUUCACCAAAACCCAGAUCUCAAGUCUUGUAAAGAAACGACCUUCUCUACUUUUAGCGCAUGCCCAUAAUACUCUUUUGCCUAAACUUGAGUUCUUUUACUCUAUUGGGGUUUCAAGUUCUGAUCUUGCUAGAACCCUCUCUUCAGACCCUACUCUUUUGACUAGAAGCAUAGAGAAUCAAAUUGUACCCUCUUAUAACUUUCUCAAAAGUAUUUUGUUAUCGAAUGAGAAGAUUGUAUCUGCUUUAAAGCGUACUACUUGGAUUUUUCUAGAGGAUUAUUCCAAGAAUUUAAUGCCAAAUGUUGAGCGUUUAAGAGAAAUAGGAGUCACACAUUCUUGUAUUUCUUUGCUGCUGACUAAUUUCCCUGAGGCGGUGUUACAGAGGCAUGGUGAGUUUAAUAAAGUGGUGAAAGAGGUUAAGGAAAUGGGAUUUGAUCCAAAGAAAUCAAUUUUUGUGAUGGCUGUACAUGCAAUUUCUGGGAAGAGUAAUAAGGCAAUCUGGAACAAGUGUUUUGAGGUGUAUAAAAGGUGGGAUUGGUCUAAAGAUGACAUCUUUGCAGCAUUUAAGAAACACCCGCAUUGUAUGAUGCUGUCGGAGAAGAAAAUCAUGUUAGCAAUGGAUUUCUUUGUGAAUAAGAUGGGGUUACCCUCCAAGGUCAUUGCUCAAUGCCCUGUGUUAUUGUUUUUCAGCUUGGAAAAGAGAAUUGUCCCUAGGUGUCGAGUUAUUCGGGUUCUGAUGAACAAGGGAUUGGUAAAAAAAGAUGUGAGCUUGGCUACUGUCUUGGUUCCAACAGAGAAGUGCUUUCUGGAUCGAUUUGUGAUCAAAUAUGAGGAGGAGGUACCUCUCUUGUUGAGGGUAUAUGAAGGAAAGAUAGAUGUGCAGUUUUGCAAUUAAUUUGGAUACAUUUGUUGACGAGAUCAAACAGUUUCUGGCUUGUUAAUGUCGCAAUUCAAAGAAAUUGUUUAUUGUUCUGAUGAUUAUUAUUAUUCCUCGACACUGCAAUUGCAACUGUAACUUCCAUCCAUUGUCUUCGAAGAGUACCAAAUGUGAGUACAGUUGUAUUGCUAGUGUUUCUCAUUAUCUGAAGUUUGGAUUGGCUUUUCACUUCUUUCUUUUGACUAUACCUUCAUGGGCUAUUGACCCUGUUCCCUUAAAAGAUUGGACACUGAAAUAUAAUUAUUGCUGUU